AUGUCGGACACUCUCUUCGAGGCCGCCGUCAAAUUCAUCUCCAAUGGCACGGGCUUCACCGCCACCGACGAAGAUAAACUGUCUUUCUACAAGUACUUCAAGCAGGCCACGAUUGGCGACUGUAACAUAGCCAAACCGGGCUUCUUCCAAUUGCAGCAGAAAUACAAGUGGGAGGCCUGGGACAGCGUCCGCGGCAUGGCGCAGGAGGCCGCGAAGGCAGCCUAUGUAGCUUUGUUGGACAAGUUGUGCCCUUCGUGGCGCAACUGA